AUGGGAGACUGGAGUUUCUUGGGGAAUAUUUUAGAAGAGGUGAAUGAGCACUCCACUGUUAUCGGUAGGGUCUGGCUCACAGUCCUGUUCAUUUUCCGGAUCCUCAUCUUGGGAACUGCUGCCGAAUUCGUAUGGGGGGAUGAACAAUCUGAUUUUGUAUGCAACACUCAACAGCCUGGUUGCGAAAAUGUUUGCUACGAUGAGGCUUUCCCUCUGUCUCACAUCAGACUGUGGGUCCUCCAGAUCAUCUUUGUCUCCACACCAUCCCUGGUGUACGUGGGGCAUGCCGUGCACCAUGUUCGAAUGGAGGAGAAAAGAAAGGAACGAGAGGAAGCAGAAAUGAAUCGGCAACUGGAAAUAAAUGAAGAAAGACUGCCACUUUCUCCUGAUCAAGGGAGCAUCAGAACUACCAAGGAAACCAGUACCAAAGGUACUAAAAAGUUUCGCUUGGAGGGAACCCUCCUGAGAACCUACAUCUGUCACAUUAUUUUCAAAACACUUUUUGAGGUGGGCUUUAUCAUGGGCCACUAUUUCCUUUAUGGUUUUAGGAUCCUUCCACUGUACCGUUGCAGUCGUUGGCCUUGCCCAAACAUCGUAGACUGUUUUGUCUCCAGGCCUACUGAGAAAACUGUAUUUAUUAUGUUCAUGUUAGCAGUGGCUGCGGUAUCACUUUUUCUAAAUGUGGUGGAGAUCAGUCAUCUGGGAUGGAAAAAGGUUCACUUUGCAUUCCGAAGGAGAGCAGAUCAAACAAAUCAGCUACUUGGAGAAGUUUCUCACAAGCCAUUCCACUCCAUUGCCAUCUCUUCCAUUCCAAAAUCUAAAGGCUACAAGCUACUAGAAGAAGAAAAAGUCUCACAUUUCUACCCAAUGACCGAGGUCGGAUUAGAGGCUAGUCCACUUCCAACUCACUUUGAUAAUUAUGAGAAAUCCAGCACAGGCCUUCUAGAAGACAUCUCAAAGGCCUACAAUGAAACUUUGCCCUCAUAUCGUCAAGCAGAAGAGCAAGAGGUUGUAAAAGUGCAAGUUUCUGAGACCUUAGAACAUGCAUCCUCUGAGCAUUCCCAUACAGUAAGGACAUCAUCAGUGCGUGCCCCCUCUGAGCGUGCACUUUCUGAAAGAGCACCAUCCCGUGCAGUUUCUGAGUGUGCAGAUUCAGAACGUGCUCCUUCUCUGCAUACAUUUUCUGCAAAGUUACCUUCCAACAAUGCUAUCUCAAAAAGAGUACCUUCUGAGCUAGCCAUCUCAGAGCGAGCCAUUUCCCGUGCUGCUUCUGAGCAUACUCCGGCAGACCAUGCUCCCUCAGAGCGAACUCUAUCUCGGGCAGCUUCUGAGAAUGCUGCUUCUGGGAACGCAACCUCAGAGCAAGUCCCAUCUAGGGCUUUAUUUGAGAGUUCUCCCUCAGAAAGAGCUCUGUCCCGAGCAGCUUCUGACCAUGCCCCUUUUGAACGUGUGCCCUCAGAUCGAGCUCUGUCUCGGGCUUCUUCAGAACAUGCUCCUGAGCAAGCUCCUUUUCAAGCAACCUCUACUGAUGAUAACACAGCUUUUGAACCCCCUCUAGAAAAUAUACCUUCUCCAGUAGCUUUAGAGCAAGUGUUAGAUGAGAAUCCAAAAACAUUUGACCAGGUCCCAUAUGAACAUGCACCAUCAAGUGCAGACCAAGACAAAUCUGAAUUCAUCCCUUCAGAACAUGGGUUCCCUGAACACUUGUCUGAGAAACCAGAUGUUUAUGAAGCAGUACCUGAGCUGCCUUUACUGAGUUUUGAGCUUAUCCCUGAUUCCAGAUCCCUCAGUAGGCUAAGUAAAGCAAGUAGCCGUGCUCGGUCAGAUGAUUUAACAGUAUGA